ACAUCUCAAGAGAGAAGCUGUUUCGAAAAUGUUCUUUGGUUUAAUUUAUCUAAAUGUGUGGAUGUUACUUAUAAUGGGCAUCAACAGUGACAGACAACCCUUGGAAAAAUGUGACGGCACUUUAGUGAAUUAUGAAUCUAAUAAUGAAAUCUGUCUGCACUCGGCAAGCAGCUGUAUGGGGAGAUGUGGAAGUUAUACUAAUGAUACAGAGAUGACGUUUACAUGUUCGUGCGACUCUAAAUGCACCUUAUACAAAGACUGCUGUGAUGAUUUUACACAUGAAUGCCCCGAUGAAUCUAAAAGGGCAAAUGAGGAUGAAAUCCAUCCAAAGUGCACAGAAACAAAAGGAAACUUUGGAAGUGUAUUUCAAAUACUAGACUGCCCGAGUGAUUAUCUGGACAUAAGCAUCAAAAUCAAAUGCUUGUUAAAUAAACAAAAGAAAUUUGGAAUAUCAAGCAUUCCUGUAGUAGAUCCAACUACAGAUUUUCAUUAUGGAAAUGUAUUCUGUGCUAUUUGUAAUGGAGUUAAUCCAGCACAGACAGUUGCUUGGGAGGUUCAAAUCUCCUGUCCUAAAUUCAAGAUCUUUAACUGUUGGAACAACAUGGCUGAAAUCUUGACACUUCUUCAGAAUGAUGUCCAAACAGGGAGCAACAUGGCAGACAUCAACAUAGAAUAUAACCCAUAUGUGGUCCCUGAAUCUCCUCCAAGAAUAUGUGCAGUAACAGUUGACUACUGCACCGGUAAAUGCCACAAUGAUACUAUUGUCAACAUGUGUGUCAAAACAAAAGGUGCGAUCGUUCAUGAUAUCCACAUGAUACCCUACAAGAAUUUAUACUGUGCUAUAUGUUCAUCAGAUAGAAUGAUAAGAGCUGGUGGGAUGAUACUAUGUGGCUACAAAGCUCCGUUGAAGAUCUUGAAUUUUAUCCAAUACUCUGUCAAAGUACUGUUUGACUUCAACAGAGAUGGCACUGAUGCUUACGCAACAACACUUAUACCAAUGUUAGGGUACAUGAACCAGGAUCCAAUCAUGUAUACAUGUAGAGUAAAUGACAAGUGCGUCAUAGAGGACUGUGACUCCACUAGCGCAACAGUGAGCCAAAAUCGCAGUGUAUGUAUCCAUCAAAAUACAUGGGUUGUCGAAGUUCAUGUCAAGGUCAUCAAACCAGAACAAAGUUUGCGUGACAAUAUGAUUUUAGUUAUUCAGCAGUCUUUGAUGAACAGUGUGUUGAAUGGUACAGGGACCAUUACAUUUAGAACUAGGCCAAGAUACCAGGAGGAUAUGCAACUUUCUAUGGCAUUCAUAUUUGAGAAACAUUUCUCUCAAAAUCAAAUUAAACGGCUCAUAAAUGAAACAUUUUCCAACCUUGAAAAUUUGAACUGUACAAUUCAAAAUGUUAAAUUUCAUGAUGGGAAAGAUGAAAAUCAGACAACACUUGAAAAUAAGACAAAGUUUGAAAAUAAGUUGAAGAGUAAUGAGCAAAAUAUGGCUAGUGGGACAUUAGACCAAAACAGGGUGAAUGGUGGAAGGAUCUACAUUGUGGUGAUUGUUUGGAGUUUUAUUUACUUUGCUCCAUAUGGUUGAACUCUUGAUGUGUAAUUACAUUGUGUCAUUUGUGCCUUCAUGUUUAUGAAAUACAACUUACCAUAAUUCUCAUGUUAAAUUGUUUGAUAUUCUCUCUGUUCAGCACUUGUAAUGGUAUGACUUCUCCAGUAGUUAUAUUCAAUUUGAAGUAUGUUUAUGAAAUACAACUUACCAUAAUUCUCAUGUUAAAUUGUUUGAUGUUCUCUCUGUUCAGCACUUGUAAUGGUAUGACUUCUCCAGUAGUUAUAUUCAGUUUGAAGUAUGUUUAUGAAAUACAACUUACCAUAAUUCUCAUGUUAAAUUGUUUGAUAUUCUCUCUGUUCAGCACUUGUAA